ACCAGCACUACUUUUCUGUACAACCACAACAAUUUUCGGAGGCUGGAAAGCAAUUUUUCCGGGCUUUCCUGUUAAAAAAAACUUAAAAUAUGGACUUUCAAAAUCGUGCCGGUGGCAAAACCGGCAGCGGUGGCGUUGCCUCCUGGUCGGAGACCAACCGCGACCGCAAGGAGCGCCUGCGGCAGCUGGCCCUCGAGACUAUCGACCUGAACAAGGAUCCGUACUUCAUGAAGAACCAUCUGGGCUCGUACGAGUGCAAACUGUGCUUGACGCUGCACAACAACGAGGGAAGCUACCUGGCCCACACUCAGGGCAAGAAGCAUCAGGAGAAUCUGGCACGGCGCGCCGCCAAAGAGGCCAAGGAGGCGCCCUCCUCGAUGCUGGCACCGGAAAAGCCGCGCGUCGAGCCCAAGAAAUUUGUGAAAAUCGGCCGUCCCGGCUACCGGGUGACCAAGCAGCGUGAGCCGAGCAAUGGCCAGCAGUCGCUGCUCUUCCAAAUCGAUUAUCCCGAGAUAACCGAGGCCAUUGUGCCGCGCCAUCGCUUCAUGUCCGCCUACGAGCAGAAGAUCGAGCCCCCAGACCGCAAAUGGCAGUAUCUGCUGUUUGCCUCCGAGCCGUACGAGACAAUCGGCUUCAAGGUGCCGUCCCGUGAGGUGGAGAAGAGCGAGGGCAAGUUCUGGACGCACUGGAACCGCGACACGAAACAGUUCUUCCUGCAGUUUGCCUUCAAGUUUGAGCCCAAGAUUUUGCCGCCACCGCCCCCGAAUCUACACCGAGCCAUGGGUCCGCCCGCUGGUUUCGCAAUCCCAGGACCCCCACGUCCGGGCAUGCAUUCCCUGUUCAACGGAGUGCCGCCACCACCACCCAUGUAAAACGUUCAGAAUUUUCAAUAAACCUUUUUACAUACGCGA